GUAAAUCAUUUUAUAACAUACAUGUAUAUUUGUUUUAGAAUAUUGUUGAUCAAACACUGGCAAUUACAGGAUCACUGGGGCUAGUCUGGCAGGAUACUCGUCUAUCAUGGAACAUGUCGCAUUACGGAAAUGUAUCGGGCGUGUAUUACAAGCCGGAUCAAAUAUGGAGACCUACUCUAGUAUUGCAAAACUCCGUUACAGGAAUAGAGGUUAUAGGUGAUAAUGGAAAUCAGAAGAGUAUACCGAUCACAGUAAAUGAUAAAGGUUCGGUGUUCUGGUUGGCCCCGGCUUACUUUGUCUCAUACUGUUCCGUCCAAGUAUCAAAGUUUCCAUUUGAUACACAAACAUGCGAGAUUGUUAUUUCAGGAUGGAUGCUCACUAAAGACAUCGUCAAACUAGUUGUUCUUGGUGAUGAAAUUACAUUUAGACAAUAUGAAGAGAACGGCGAAUACGAAAUAAUUAGGUCAUAUAUACGUGUUAUCAGCGUUUCAAUGCAUCAUUCGGAGGUUGAAUAUCUUGUGUUUGGGUUAGAGCUAAAGCGGAAGUAUUCCUACUACUUGGUGAACAUCGUACUUCCGGUAUUCUUCAUACAGUUACUUGGUAUAGUUGUUUUUGCUGUACCGACGGAUUCCGGUGAAAAGCUGACAUUUUCUCUGACGUUGUUGUUGUCAUUGACGGUGAUGAUGACCUUGAUAGCGGACAAAAUACCCUCAACGUCGUUACAGAUACCCAUGUUAAGCAAGUACCUGCUCGGUGGAUUAGUCAUCAGCAGCUUAGAGCUUAUAAUGACUGUGAUAAUUCUUCAUUUCAAACACUCGGAGGUCAAAGAUGUUAACAUGUCUAGAAGAAUGCAAUCCUUUGCAAAUGGACUUGCAUCCAUAACCUUCAAUAGGAAAAGAGGUUGUAGAAGACAACCAAAGGUCCAUACAACAGAUUCGGACAUCAAGCCGACACUUGUGUUAGAAGAAUUUGUACAGGAGAAAGUCACUGAUAUUGAUGAAGAGGAAAUUGAAAAAGACUGUCACUAUACAUAUGUAGAAAUUUCUACAAUGAUUGAAAAGUUGUCCUUGUUUAUUUUCACUUUGAUUACAUUUGUGUUCACUCUUACAGUGUCAAUGAUGAUCUUAUAUUGA